AAUAUUUUAAGUCACAACUGUACCGCAAGAAAAGCCGACGUUUGUAUAUUCAGUAACAAUUCAAAUAUUUUCGAACAAAAGUGAAAUAAAAAAUGGAUCCUCCAAAGAUGUUCAAAGAUGAUAAAUCAGGAUGCCUUAAAUUUGAUAGAAUAACAAUUAUAAACAAACGAUUUACACUUUCAUUUUUAAUGAAUAUUGGAUUUACAAUUAUGUUUUGUGGGAUUACAUUGAGUCACGUUAAUAGAUGUUUAAUGUCAUCUAUCGACCCCGCUGAUCGCUCUUUCUUCCAUGCUUCUAGUUACUUACUAGGCUUAGUAAUCAUACAGAUUCCAGCUGCUUGGUGUAGUUUAAAAUUCUCACCAAUUACAUGGUUUGGACGAAGUAUUUUAUUAUACUCAAUUCUAUUAUUUGUACUAGCAUUAUUUUCGUUUUUUGUGGAAUUUCGGAGCUAUGGUUUACUUGUUGCCUACAAAUUUACCGAAGGCGUUGUAUCGGGAACAACAUUUGUGGUAUUCCAUGCAGCCUGGAAAAAUUGGACACCAUCCAAUGAACGGUCAACAUUUGUAACAUUUGCUAUAGGUGGUUGCUUUUUAGGGGAUCUUCUAGGGGAAUUAUUGUCCAAAUAUUGUUCAGAAUUAUUAUACUGGGAAUAUUUAUCUGGUUUGCUUGGUAUCACUGGUAUAGUAUGGUGGUUAUUAUGGAAGAAUAUGGUUUAUGAAACACCAGAAAAACACCGUACAAUUACUGAAAAAGAAUAUAAUAAGAUAUAUCCAAGCAUUCAACAAGAGCUUGACAUAACUGAAAAUGUAACAUGUAAAAAAAUUAUAUUUUCUAUGCCUUUUUUGGUAUUGGUAGUUGUUAAUUUACUAAGAUCAUGGAAUUCUGCAUUUUACUUAUAUCGGAAAGAGCACAUGUAUAUAAUUUUAAUAAUAAAAGCAGUGACCUUCCCAAUUGCUGGAUAUUUAGCUGAUGUGUUAGUACGACAAACAUCAAUGACAAUUACUCGCGUACGAAAAUUAUAUAUAUCUGGAAUAUUUUUGAUUGAAGUGAUAUAUUUCUUAUUAUUGAGAUACUGCGAAGAAUUUGAUGGUUGGUUGUAUUUCAGUUCAUUUGUUAUGCAAGUAUUACAUAUUGCAGCAUUUACAGCAGCAAGCGUAAACGCUUUAGAUAUUGCACCAAGUCAUGCUGGAGUUACAAUUGCGAUUAUAAAUAUUAUUUCACAUAUUGGGUAUCAAGUACCGUUUAAAAUUGAACUGUAUUUGUAUGAAAAUAAUUGGCUGGAUACGUUCAAUUUUAUUUCAAUAAUGGCACAUUUAAUUGGUGGAAUAAUUUAUGGAAUUUAUGGAUCAGCCAAGCCUAUAACUGUGAAAAAACUAUAAACUAAAUAACGAAAUUGGAAAUUUUGAAACAUUUAUG